AUUAGUUUGUAUUUCAAUACCCUGGUUGGCAGUUCCAUAACGGAAAUGUUCAAUAAUGAAUUUAGGUUUUUGUGUCGCAUGACCGAGGAAACGGAACGGUUGUGUAUUGAGGCUGUGUUCGGAAUUGUGGGCAGAAAUUGGAAUGAAUUUAAUAGGAAAAUGUUCCCGGUAAUCUUGGGCCACUAUCCGGCCGGUGUGGCAGCCAAGCAGGUCAAACAUUUCAUACAGGUCAUUAAGACGGGGAAAUUUGCACCCUAUAGCUAUAGUACAAAUAAAAAUAUGCUGCUGUACAAGGAGCGAGAACCACCACGUUAUAAUUUAACGGCGGUGACGGUACCCACUUAUGUUUAUUAUUCGAAAAAUGAUUUACUCUGCCACCCUGGUGAUGUUGAAGAUAUGUACAAGGAUUUGGGUAGACCUAUUGGUAAAUAUCUGGUACCUCAAAAGGAAUUCAAUCAUAUGGACUUUUUAUGGGCCAUUAAUGUGCGGCGACUGGUCUAUGCUCGCAUGCUGAAGGUAUUGGGUAAGGUGAAAGAACGCCGUGAUAAUGUCAGUGCCUAUCCAACACCUAAGGACAUCGAAAUACCGGAAAUGACUUCCAAGGAAUUGGAAAGUGAUUGA